AUGUACCUUUUCAUCCUUAUCCUCCGAAAUCCCAUCAGCACUCUUCGCUUCCUGUAUACAUGGAGCACCCUCUCGGUCAUUGUGAUUCUAAGACGCAUUCUAGUACCCCAUAUAUCACAGUAUCAAUCUACUAGGGUGCAGCUGCAACGAGCAUACCUGCUGUCUUGCUCGUCGACUUUUCCGGACCUUACGCACCGACUCCCUGUGGGUCAAGUAUCGCAGGUUAGGGCUACGCCGAUUGGCACCACUGGCUUUAUUGGAUAUGUGAUUCCAGGAAGUCAGAGCCCAAUCCUAGAUGGGCUCACCAAAUCGUUCCAUCGAACACAAUGUGUCGCGCUUUAUGCUCAUGGAGGAGGGUAUGCACGAGGAGAAGCGAAGAUGUAUAUGAAUUAUAUGGAACGAUGGGUACAGAAAGCAAGAGAGUCUGGGUUAGACUUGGUGUUUUUGAGUGUUGAAUACCCCUUAACCGACAAGGCAUCUCAUCCAGCACAGAGGGAUGCCUUUUUGAAGGCGUAUCAGUAUCUCCUCGACCAAGGGAUAUCGCCAGACAACAUCAUCUUUAUGGGCGACUCUGCCGGCGGCGGAAGUUGUAUCCUGAGCAGUAUUGAAUGCCUCUCAACAGCAACAAAAAACCGACAGCUGCCUCAACCAGCCGGCAGCAUUCUUCUCUCUCCCUGGAUGGACAUGUCCAUGCGCGCCUUCAAUGGCGGCAAUGCGCUGGCUGCAACCGACUACGUGAAUGCCAACCGCGACAUACCCAUCCUCGUUAAGAAAUGGCUACAAGACAAGGUCGCGCCGACUUCGCCUCAGGUCAAUCCGCUAUAUCGACAACCCGUGGAGAUUGAAGGGUUGAAUCCUCAACUGAUUUUGGUCGGUGCCGCCGAGUUCACCUUGCCAGAGGCCAAGGACUGGGCAGCGCUCUGCGAAAGGGCAGGUGUUAGACAUCGAUUGGUGUGUGAAUGGGGUCAAUUGCAUAAUUAUGCUUUGGGGUCGGCGUGGGUUGAGCCUGCGAUUAGGAAUAGGACAGAUGCUAGCAUUGUGAGCUGGAUGCAGAUGUGUUUGGGAGGGAACUAG